GGUUUGACUCAGGAAGAAAAAUGGAAAAUAAUAUCAGGGUAGAUAUUAGUAAUAAUUCUGAUAUGGUAGAUUUGUUAUUAAGGCAUAAAUUUCACACAAUGACCCAUGAGGACAGGUUAAGUAUAAAACAAAUUGCCAUCCCUCGACCUUCCAUGGGAAAUUUAAUACAAUCGAAAUCGGGUCAUAAUAGGUCGUUUGUAAACACAUGGUACGACAAAGCUGUUUGGAUUACCGGAAGUGAAACGCGAAACAAACUUUUUUGUUGGUAUUGCCUAUUGUUUUCGGAAAAAUCAGGUCCCUGGACCACGGUUGGAUAUCAUAAUCUAAAAGAUCUCUCUCGAGCUACACUGAAGCACGAAAACUCAAAAGAACACACCUAUUCGGCCUUGAAAUUUAAAUUAUUUGAAAACAAAGUAUUGCUAAUUUGCCAGGCGGUUCGCGUGAAUCCAUAGCAAAACAUAACGAGACAGUUCGCG